AUGUUCUUGGCCAGGGCGUCGCGAUACUCCCCUCAGCUCCGCGCCAGCUAUGUCGAGAUUUCCAACUACAUCCGCGGCCGACGACCGGCGUUGAACCGGACUUUCUAUGCGCAGAGCUCCCCUCUACGAUCUUCUCAUAGCGAAGAAUCGCCUCGCGAGCACCUCCCAACUACCAGGAAUACAUAUGAACUGCUUGAAAAGUUCAAGAACUCGAUCGAGUUUCCGUCCCCGACCUAUGACUUCGAGACAUUCCUCGCCAACGCCCAGCCCGACCAGGAGGUCGUCUUACAAGGCUAUGUCGGCAACCGCAGGGAGCUGUCCAGCAAGCUCGCCUUCGUCCGUUUGACGGACCCGACCAUGAAACACAGCGUGCAGCUGGUCUCGACCAAGAAGAGUGGAACCCUGGCCGCCCUCAAGGCGGUGCGCGCGCACAGCCCGGUGGUCAUCAAAGGCACAGUCCAGCGGAAGCAAGCAAAGGAUGCGGAGAUGGCCGAGCGAGACCCGUGGGAGAUCGUCCUGGGCGAGAUCCAGGCCCUGAAUGAGUUCCCGAACGACAUCGUCAUGACGGGCGACCACGUCCACCCGCCCAAGCACCGCCAUCUGCAGCUGCGCUCGAGCAGCGAGCUGCGCGAGGCGCUGCGGUUCCGCGCCGAGGCCCGCAACGUCUGCAGACAGGAGCUGGAGCAGUCGCGCCCGGCGUUCGUGGAGAUCGAGACCCCGUUGCUCUUCAAGUCGACCCCGGAGGGCGCGCGCGAGUUCCUGGUGCCCUCCCGCAAGCGCGGAUUCGCCUAUGCGCUGCCCCAGAGCCCGCAGCAGUACAAGCAGAUCCUCAUGGCCAGUGGGAUCCCGCGCUACUACCAGUUCGCGCGGUGUUUCCGCGACGAGGACCUCCGCGCCGACCGCCAGCCGGAAUUCACCCAGCUGGAUCUUGAAAUGUCCUUCGCCACAGGCAACGACGUGAUGCAGGUCAUCGAAGGCGUGAUCCGCCGUCUGUGGUCGACGCUGAUGCCGGAGCCCGCGCCCUCGGGCCCCUUCCGCCGCAUGCCCUACCAAGAAGCGAUGAGCCGGUACGGCUCCGACAAGCCCGACACGCGGUACGGGAUGGAGAUCUCGCGCAUCGACUACCUGCUCCCAGUCGACCUCGUGCAGAAGAUCACCCCGCUGACCGAUCCGGUCGUCGAGGUCUUCAAGCUCGAAGGCAACGACAACGACCCGGCGGCCAUGCAGGAAUUCAUCACCCAGUUCCUCGACUCGCCCGAGGGCGCGCCCUUCAACGAGAACCCCGACGGCGGGCCGGGGAUCUUCGUGGUGGACGCCCGCAAACCGCUCAGCGGACUGCAGCCCUUCGGCUUCGAGGCCGCCGAACACCUGGAGACGACGCUGGGCAUCGAGCACGGCGACCUGCUGGUCAUCCAGGCUCGGCCGCAGAAUUCGCUGACGGGCGGCUCGACGGCCCUGGGCACCCUCCGCCGCGCGCUGCACGCCGCCGCCGUCGCGACGGGCUUCAAGCCCGCCAUCCCCGGCUUCGAGUUCCUGUGGGUGGUCGACUUCCCGCUGUUCACCCCGGCGGCAGCCGGCGACUCCGCCGAGGAACCGGGCCAGGGCGGCGCCGCCGGCUUCUCGGCGACGCACCACCCGUUCACUGCGCCCAAGACGGCGGCGGACGUCGACCUGCUCCUCAGCGCGGACCCGACCCGGGCCACGGCGGACCACUACGACCUGGUGGUCAACGGGGUCGAGCUGGGCGGCGGCAGCCGCCGCAUCCACGACGCUGCCGUCCAGGAGUUCGUCUUCCGCGAGGUGCUGCGCAUGCCCGACCACCGCGUCGCCGACUUCGCCCACCUGCUCGGCGCCCUGCGCGCCGGCUGCCCCCCGCACGCCGGCUUCGCCCUGGGCUUCGACCGCCUCGUCGCCGUCAUGCUCGGCCGCGACUCCGUCCGCGACGUCAUCGCCUUCCCCAAGAUGGGCCGCUCCGGCGAGGAUCCCAUGGUCAAGGCCCCCAGUCCCAUCAGUGACGAGGCGGCUAAGAUCUAUCAUCUGGCGGUGAAGGAGUGAGUCUGCCGCUUCACCUGCCGGUAGUCGUGGUGUCUCUGUAUGUGUACGAUUUCAAUCAAGCGAGGCGGGGUGAUAGGUCAGUCUCCCGGGAUGUAUGACCGGCUGGCUUAUGUCCUGUACUGUAUUAUAAUUUUUUGGUAUAGAAUCUAGAAAAAAG